UGAAUAUUUCUGACUCGAUUAAAAUGUCUCUGUAUUAGCUAUUUACGUAAACUGAAUGAUCUCGCGAUAACUUAGAGCGGAAAUGUAGUUUGCCCACUCGCUUCACAACGGGGCGCUUUUAUUAGUUCUCAAUAAAAAAAUAACCGGUAAUUAAAUGUUCGUGUGUUCAAAGUGAGAAUUUUUGUUGGCUUUGAGUAUUUAGAUCGUGAAACAAUACCUUUGAUAAUGUCUUUUAGUACACAUGCAUCCAUUUGUUAGCUUCGCCGAGCUCGUCAUUUACUAUACACUCUAUAUUAGAUUGUAAGUGCGCAUGCGUAUGAAGUGUUACCAUGAAGGUAAAGGUGAUCUCCAUCCUGGAGGACAACUACAUGUACUUGGUGAUUGAGGAGCAGAGUAAACAUGCUUUAGCUGUAGACCCUGCAGUUCCUCACCGGCUGCUGGAAAUAGUGAAGAGAGAGGAGUUGACUUUAGUGGCUGUUCUCACCACACAUCAUCACUGGGACCAUGCUCGAGGGAAUGAAGCUCUACAGAAGGAGGUUGCUGGCUUGAAGGUGUAUGGAGGAGAUGAUCGGAUUGGCGGCUUGACUGAUAAAGUGACAGACGCUCAGGAACUCAAGUUCAACUCCAUCAACGUGAGAUGCCUGUUUACUCCAUGCCACACAUCUGGCCACAUGUGCUACUUUAUCUGGGAGGACGAGUGCACGGAUGCCCCUGCUGUGUUCACAGGGGAUACUUUGUUUAUCGGGGGAUGCGGGAAGUUCUUGGAGGGGACGGCCGAGCAGAUGUACCAUAAUCUCACUCAGGUGCUGGGCUCCUUGCCUCAAGAUACUAAAGUGUUCUGCGGACAUGAGUACACCAUAAAGAACCUGAAGUUUGCUUUGCUGGUGGAGCCGGAAAAUGAGAAGGUUAAAGAAAUGCUCUCUUGGGCCAGGGCAAGAGAUGACGACGACAAACCCACAGUGCCAUCGACCCUCCAGGAGGAGUUUGAAUACAACCCUUUUCUUCGUCUCACGGAGGAGAGGGUGCAGAAGUUCACGGGUAAGACAGACCCUGUGGAGGUGCUGAGGGUCCUUCGGAAAGAGAAGGACAAAUUCAAGAAGCCUAAGGAGAGACUUCCUCACCAUGCCUUGCUGGCUUUGGAAUGGGGGCUGCUUCGACCCUGAGGUCCAAUUCCAGCCAUGCUCCAAAUAAAUGGUGGGACCUAAUAAUUCUAAUAAUGUCUGCACAAAAAAGGCCAGUAUAAAACCACUAAUAUUAUUCAAAAGCUAUGGUCAGGUUAAUAAGCCUGUUAUGCACAAAUCAAACACACUAGGCCACUUUUCCUUAAGUAAAUUCCUCAUAAUAAAUUUAUAUUGUAUAAAUAACUGGAAUUUGGACAGCAUAUAAGCUUAUGUUUAAUUUAUAUACAUAAUUCAUGCUUAUACAGUCCUAAUACUGUAAUAUAGUCUUAAAACUUUCCAUUUACCUGUAGGCUUUAUAGAGCAGGAUGCCGGUAUGUUAAUGUUGGACAUUCGUCAAUAAAAUCAUAUCAACCAAACAUUUUUGGUUUCUUUUAUUUGGUCAAAAUAUGUUUAUUAAAUUAACUAAAUAUUUCUACAUUUAAGCGUAUAAUAUACAUCAUUUACUGUAAAUUGGCAUUGAUAUGGAUGUUAGGAUGUCAAACAUCUCGUUUAUUUUCCACCGACGGAAGGAAUCAGAAAUAACUGGACGGUUGUGCUGUCAUCACCAUUUCAUAGUGAGCCCAUUGGUCAUCUUCUCCACCGUGUGGUACCCCGUGUGCAGCAGCUCUUUGGCGCGCUCCUCGCCCACGCUCUGCAGCCACGACUGGUACAGCUCGGACACGUGCAAGUCAUCCUCCGGCGCUUGGGUUUGUUCUGCUUUGUAGAGCUCCUCAACCUUCUGGAGGAAUUCUUUUGGGUUCUGACCUGGAGGGGGUUUCACCUGCCCGCCUCCGUUUAGACAUCCUGGAGAUGAAUCAACAAUAACAUCAGCAAUACUUAUGGUACAUUUGCAGAGUUUUUGCAUAAGAUUACAACAAUAGCCUGUAUUGAGUACAAGUACAUUAAGAUCCUGUAGUCACCACUUUAAACCAUGUGCCCAUUUUUACUGUUGUUUAUGAAUAAAAACAACUAAGGAUGUCCGAUAUUGGCUUUUUUGCCGAAAACCGAUAUUGUCAAACUCUCCGUUUCUGAUCCCAAUAUUAGCCGAUACCGAUAUGUGUAACAUGACAUAUGUGGUGGAAUGAACACAUAUGUGUUGUGUACAGCGUAUGAAAAAUCUGAUACCGACAUCAACCGAUUUUUGUGCCGAUAAUUAUCGGUACCAAUAAAUAUCGGACAUCACUAAAAAAGAUCUUAUCAAAAAGAGAAAUGACAGGGCACAAUUACGUAUACAUUUGUGUGUAUUAACUCUUUAAUUGUAGCCGUGAAGAGUUGCGUUCAAAGACACCAAGUCAUUUCAGUUGUAGAUGUAUUUUCUGGGGACGUACGGUACUUAAAUGCAUCAAAUUCUACUCCCGCAGUAAACUUUAGUGAGUGAUAGGAAGAUCCGCUCUAUUGUCUUUCUGUAUAGAGUAGGGGUGUAAGAAAAUAUAGUUUUGGCGAUAUUUCGAUACUUUGUUCCACGAUACUGUAUCGAUAUUAAAAAGUAUGAUAUUUUUGUUUUAAAGUAUUAUAUUUUUAGACAUGAGGGGGCGGUCCUAAGUGUGUCUUGGGUUGAACUGUUCGCCUAUUGGUUGAUCGACACGUGAGUGCGAAAAUCGACUAGGUAUGCCUGCAAACAGCCACAGCAAGAGGAAGUCACCACACCACUCUCAAUGGCGGUAAAUAUGGCUGCAAUCUCCAGGGAUCUCCGUUUGCUAGCAGAUAUUUCGGAUAAUGCUUCCCCGGAUUACCUGCUUUUCCGGGUGGAAGCCUUAUUGGAGCCUGAUCUCUCUCCUCCCCGACGGAGCUUUUUCGCACUCACAUGUCGAUCAACCAAUAGGCGAACAGUUCAACC